AUGAUGCCAAAUUUGAGGGGGUCGUGGGGAGUAAAUAACUGUAUCGUCCGUCAAUUCGGGCAAAAUAGGUCUGGGCAGAUUGGCUGCAUUUCUCAGACUUUUAAGGCCCGGCAACUGCGUUCCCAGCGCCUGCCGAGUGCUGGGAAGCGCGGUGUCCCGGGACGUCGGAUCGACACACACACAGGCCGGGAUUUGGACCAAAGACGCAUGAAGAGUGGAUAA